AUGUCUCCGACCACGCCAGAAGUCUUGUGGGCUCAGCGCUCAUCUGCUUCUGACCCGGAAAAGAACUACAUCUACCUUACUAUCUCGGUCCCCGAUGUCCCUCAGUCUUCGCUAAAACUUGAUCUCAAGCCUACGAGUCUCUCUUUCACUGGAACCUCUGACACCAAGAAGACAACUUACCAUGUAGACCUGGAAUUAUACGGUGAAAUCGACGUUGAGAACUCGAAAACAAAUCACACCGCCAAACACAUCGAGAUGGUUCUGCGAAAGAAGGAAAUGAAGGAAGAGUAUUGGCCAAGAUUGUUGAAGGACAAUGUAAAGGUGCAUUUCCUGAAGACUGACUUUGACAAGUGGGUUGAUGAAGAUGAGCAAAAUGAGGUACCGGACGAUGACUACAUGAACAACUUUGGGGGUGGCGGACUGCCCGGUGGAAUGGGCGGUAUGGGCGGAGACGGUGGCCUUGGUGGCAUUGACUUCUCCAAACUCGGCGGUGGAGGUGGCAUGCCUGGCAUGGAAGGCCUUGGCGAUGACGGUGGUGAUGACUCCGACGAUGACAUGCCAGACCUGGAGAAUGAAGAUGCGAAAGCAGCGGCAGAGGCUCCAGAAGAUGAGCAGGCAUCACCGGAUAAAGGCAAGGCAAAGAUCGAGGAGGUUGCCUAA